CGCGUGAGUGGAGAAACAGGAACUCGUCUCGAGCCGUGAAAGGAGCCGAUUUGAGGAAGUUAACAAAAUAAAUGAACCUGAAAAUCACAGCUGAUGGACUCAAAGAAGACUGAAGAUUCUGACGGCUUCCACAGAGAUCAUGGGGUCUUGAGGCUCAGUUGAGGCCCCUUCCUCUGUGGGACACAGCUGCAGGUUGUUCUACUGGUCUGAAGAGCAAACAAACAGGCGGGCUGGUGUGCAAGUUUCCUGACAGCUGGGCACCCCAAAAGGACGAAGCGCUCUGAACGCGUGUGUGAUUGCUCUCGGCCCGUCACCUCUGACCCUGUGGGAUGGAUCGGUCGUGGGUGAGAAGGCCUUCGGGCUGGAGCUGCUGCUCCUGGAACUCUCUGAAGACCUGGCUUCCCAUCCUGUCCUGGUUACCCAGAUACAAAGUGAGCUACCUGCAGAUGGACGUGCUGGCCGGCCUCACGGUUGGGCUGACGGUCGUUCCUCAAGCGCUGGCGUACGCUGAGGUGGCAGGUCUUCCUGUGCAGUACGGACUCUACUCUGCAUUCAUGGGGGGGUUCAUUUACACCGUCCUCGGAACCUCGAAGGAUGUGACCCUGGGUCCCACAGCCAUCAUGUCCCUCCUGUGCUUCUCUGUGGUGGGGGGGCAGCCCCACAGAGCGGUGCUGCUCAGCCUCCUCUGUGGACUCGUUCAGGCGGCGAUGGCGUUACUCCGAUUAGGCUUCCUGCUGGACUUCAUCUCGUACCCCGUGAUCAAAGGCUUCACCUGUGCGGCUGCCGUCACCAUCGGCUUCGGCCAGGUUAAGAAUAUUCUGGGAAUCCAGGGGGUCCCUCAUCAGUUCUUCCUGGAGGUCUACUACACCUUUUACAAGAUCCCAGAGGCCAGAACAGGCGAUGUGGUGAUGGGCCUGCUCUGUCUGUGUCUGCUCACCAUGCUGACCUUCAUGAAGUCCAACCUGGUCUCCAAUGACUCCGCCUCUUGCUCCAGAAUGGCCAGGAAGUUCAUUUGGACAGUUGCAACCAUGCGUAACGCCCUGCUGGUCGUGGCAGCUUCCCUGUUUGCUUUCUCCUGCGAGGCGUACGGCCAUUAUUUCUUCACAAUCACCGGUCACACUUCACAGGGACUUCCACCCUUCAGGCCCCCACCCACCUCGGAUACCACAUCCAACGGGACCACCGUCUCCUUUGGAGAGAUGCUGAAGGACUUUGGUGGGGGGCUGGCUUUGAUCCCCCUCAUGGGUCUGUUGGAGAGCAUCGCCAUUGCUAAAGCAUUCGCCAGUCAGAACGACUACAGGAUCGACGCCAACCAGGAGCUGCUGGCAAUCGGAGUGACCAACAUAAUGGGCUCCUUUGUAUCAGCGUACCCCGUCACCGGCAGCUUUGGGAGGACCGCGGUGAACUCUCAGACGGGGGUUUGCACUCCAGCAGGAGGGAUCCUCACAAGUGUGAUUGUCUUGCUCUCCUUGGAGUUCCUCAUGCCAGCGUUCUACUACAUUCCCAAGGCUUCUCUGGCUGUAGUCAUCAUCUGCGCCGUGGCACCCAUGCUGGAUUACUGCGCCGUGGCAAGGAUGUGGAGCGUGCACAGGCUGGACCUGCUGCCGUUCACCAUCACCUUUCUGUUGAGUUUCUGGCAAGUGCAGUACGGCAUCAUGGCUGGGGUCGCCGUGUCUGGAGCUGGGCUGCUGUACAACAUGGCCAGACCCCGGAUAAAGGUAUCGGAUCACGGCGUGCUGGUGAUGCAGCCGUGCAGCGGCCUGACGUUUCCCGCCACAGAGCACCUGAGCCGCUUCAUCCACGCUCACGCUCUGCAGGUGUCCCCCCCACGAUCGGUGGUGUUGGACUGUCACCACGUCAGCGCCAUAGACUACACCGUGGUCAGUGAGCUGAAGGACCUGCUGAGGCAGUUUCAGCUGCGGCGCGUGAGGCUGGUCUUUUCAGGACUGAAGCCCUCCAUUCUGAAGGUUUUCCUGGCUGCGCAGCUGCAGGACUUCAGGGUUGCAGACACUGUGGAGGAAGCCCUGCAGAUGGAGUCUGGAUCGCCAGAGCCGCUCUUGGGGAGCGAUUAAGCUGCUCUUUUUGCACUCGGCAAGGACAAAGGCCAGUCUUAUAAUGUCUUGAAGUUAAGUCAUUGCAUCUUGACUAAAACCUUUCACAACUCACCCAUGUGGCUUCAUCAGUCUGAGUGGUUCUGGGAUCAAGCACCACUUAUAUCCUCCAGGUGGAUUGUCCACAUUCCUGCUAACAGCUGUUCUCAUUAAUGGGAACAAAGUAGAGAAUCUUGGUACGGCCGGCCGGUGGAGGCGAACCCAGGAGCAGAUCCAGGGAGUUCAAAAGAUAUAAAAACUAAAUAUCGCCGCUCAUCUCCAAGAGAACUGGGGGGUCCAGGAGAAGUCACAGCCAACCUGAGCAAAACUAAUUAAACAUGAACAAAACACCCU